ACAGUUUGUCAGUUUGAAACCGUUUGUGAGCGUAAGGUAGCAACAAGUGGAGGAACAGCGCACAAUCACAGCUGCAGAAGACACUAUACGAAGACAUUAUCAUUCAAAAUGAUUUAGUGCUCAACAAGUAUUUACCGUAGACUUACGUUUACAUUAAUACUUGUGUUUACAUUAGCACUUUAUAUAAGCCCAUCGCAGAAGUAACGUUAGCGCUUCUCAAUAUUUGUGAAUCAGUUCUGCUAACUGGAGCAACAUGAGUGAUCAGGACUGCUUUGGGAUUCUGGACUCUGAGUUUGAUCAUUACCUAGUGGACAUGAAGCCAUAUGUGCUUAAGCUGACUGACAAGACAGAGCGGCAGCAGUGUGCACUGUGGAUUAAAAAGUUGUGUGAUCCUGAGACCUGCGGCUCUGGACUGACUGGAAGGAAAAAUCGUAACAUGUAUGCCCGACUCCUUCUGCACAUGCUCAGAAAAGGAGUUUUAGAGGGUCCCUUUACCCACAAACCUGAAGCAGGCAGCCUCAAGACUUUACCUACGUACAUGUCCAUUUAUUUUGAUGAGCCGUUGCUGGCAAAGUCACAGGAGCAGGGAUCUGCAGUGCUGCCGGACUGGGUGUCUGGGGAGUUGGGUCAGACUGAUGGCUCAUGGUCCACCUCACCCCUCUCAAACACACACAGGAAGAGGAAUUUGUUCAAUGAUAAGUCACCGACCAGACCCCUGUCCUCAAGUCCCAUCAAACGCGAUAUCAAGGAUGAUGUCAAGAUGGCGGAGGCACACAGGAGGCCGCCCAUCUCCUCUGAUGAUAGUGACUUUGAGGCUCGCUUCAACAGCUGGAACCUGGGGAUAGAAAACCCCAGAUAUCUGCGUGAGAACCCUAUCCCACUGUCUCCGAUUUACAACAAAUCAAGUCUUGGAAAAAACAGCACCCUUUAUGAUGAGGCCGCCCCAGUGAAAGCUGAUAAGGAGAUUGAGGUGAGGACUAAAGUCUUGGAGGCCAAACAUCAAGAGGAUACACUGAGGAUGCAGCAGAAACAUGACGCAGAGAUUCAGAAGAUUUUGGACCGCAAGAAUGGCGAGAUUGACGAGCUGAAGUGCAUGUAUCGUGGGAAGCAGAAGGAGGGGGAGGAGACGAUUCGGAGGCUGGAGAAGAGAGUUCAAAGCCUGCUGCGAGAGUCCCAGGUCAUCCGACAGACCAGAGAGAAACAGAUCAGCGAGCUGAAAAAAAUGUCUGAUCAAAGUGCCGAGUCUUUGAAAAACGAAUGGGAGAAGAAGUUGCAUGCUGCUGUGGCGGAGAUGGAACAAGAAAAGUUUGACAUGCAGAAGAAGCACACAGACAACAUCCAGGAGCUGCUGGAGGACACCAAUCAACGGCUCGCCAGGAUGGAGGCAGAGUACAGCAGCCAGAUGCAGGCCACAGAGCGGAUGUUGCAUGAGCUGGAGACUCGGGUGAAGCAGCUCUCAGUGGAGGUGGAGAAUGGGAACCUGCUCCGGCAGAAGGUCACACAGGAGAAAGCCGAGUUAGAGAUUCAUAUCGCCUCCAUCAGCGCUGAGCUUCAAGAGGCCAACCACAGGAGCGUAUCCCUGCAGAGGGAGAUGGAGCAGAUGAGAGACCAGCAUGAAGACGCGCUGCAGAAACUUCAGGCCAGACAUAACGCUAACAUGAGCCACUUCCAGCAGGAGCAUGCCCUCUCUGCAGCCAAGGCAUCGGAGGUGAUCGAAGAUUUGGAGCAGACUGUGAUUCAUCUCAAACAGCAAAUACAGGAAACUGAAAAUAGGAGACAGAAACAGCUCAGGGACCAAGAGAAUAAGAUGCAGCAAGAGAUAACAGACCUACAAAAUAUCACUGACAAAAAGCUGCAAACGCUUCAGGCCGAGCUGGAAAAGGAGCGAGCCAACAGCAAGAGGAAGAUGAGCAAGAUGGAGGAAUCACUCAGAGCUGCAGAUGCUUCAGGCCGAGCUGGAAAAGGAGCGAGCCAACAGCAAGAGGAAGAUGAGCAAGAUGGAGGAAUCACUCAG